AACACGUCUGUUGGACGAACAUGCGGAUGAUUUUUUUUCAACUAACUUUGCCAACACUCGAGUUGUCACUAUAUAAUAAUUGUCAUUAUUUUGAAUAAUCUAAUUUUAAAGUGAUUUUAUUUUAUUUGAUUAAAUAUUUUAAAUAUUUUAAUUUUAAUCAUUUGCCAUAAAGUUGUCAUUAGUGCAUGCCUCAGGAAAAACGAUGGGCGACUUUUAAAUGAACGUUGCAGAAUUAAACUUUGAAACAUAUCAAAGUUACCAUGAAUGUGGAAAUGCCUAUUGAAGCUGUAGUUCAGCAGCUUGCCCACGCUGUUGACCUAACUAUGAAUCCAUCAAUGCCUCAAGACAAACGCCAUGAGGCUUAUCGCUUGUGCGACAGCUUUAAAAAUGAAUUUCCGCUCCGCGUUCAAUGUGAGUGUGCCUUGUACUUCACCAGUGAUAACGCACCAUAUACUACGAUGGUACGUCAUUUUGGUCUACAACUUAUGGAACAUUGCAUUAAGUUUCGCUGGUAUCAGAUGGGGCAAGAUGAAAAGUUACUUAUCAAAGACACAAUUAUGAAUCUUGUUAAUUCCGCUACACCUGCAUUGCAAACAAAUUACCUUAAAGACGCCCUCGCUAGAGUAGUUGUAGAAAUGAUCAAAAGAGAAUGGCCACAACAUUGGCCCGAAAUGUUAAACGAACUAGAAUUUGCCACCACGUUAGGAUGUUUUCAAACAGAAACCGUAAUGUUGAUAUUUCUUCGAUUGAUUGAAGAUGUAGUUAUACUUCAAACUGUUGACAAUGCAGCCAGAAGGCGAGAUAUCAGCAAGGAGUUGCAGCAAAACAUGUCAAAAAUAUUUCCAUUUUUUCUUAAUGUAAUUGAUACGCAUUGUAGACAAUAUUUAGAAUAUCUAAGUAGAAAUGAACAGAACGCAGCUACCACUUUAAUAAAAGUUAUACAGUUAGCAUUAACAAAUAUUGGUGAAUUAUUCGAGUUUAUUCAACUUUCACAUGCGACUUUUAAGGAGUGUUAUAUAAUCACAGUGUUAUGUUCGCUAUUAGACGAUAUUAAUUUCAGACAACCAGCCGUCGAAUGUUUGGCCAUACUAUUAUCAAGAAAAUGUAAGAACGAUGAACGAGAAUGUGUUAUAAAGUUUUUUGAACAACCAUUACAACAACUUUCUAUGGUUAUGCUGAAGGCUAUGGGUCAAGAAGCUAGUGAAGAAAACAAUUUAUUUUUAAAAACGUUAUCUAAAGUCGUAUCAUUGUUAAGUUCAGUUUUAUGUGCCUUCUGGAAAGACAACAAACUUCAUAAUUUUACUGUUGAAGAAUCUGAAAAGAUACUUAUAUAUUAUAUUGAACUGUUACUUGUUUCGCUGGACCAUAAUUCUAUGAAUAUUGUUUCAAAUAUUAACCAAGCUUGGUGUACGCUUUAUAAACACCCAGACAUUUGUAAGAAAGUUUUGUUGCAGCAGAAUUACAUUCCCAAGUGGUUUUUGUUGUCAUCAAAAAAGUUAAUUAAAAUAGACUACAAAAACUUAGAUCCAUUCUCAUUACUCGAUUUCACAGAUGAAGAAAGUUAUAACAGUGUUUUUUACCAUUGUCGAGCAGAAAUAAUUGAAACAAUCAGGAACGCUUCUGUUGUUGAAAAUGAUGUAAUGUUCUUAGUUACUGAAAACUUGCUCAAAACAUGUAUGGAAAAGACAUCUACUCGAAUGAAAGUAAUUUCAAUAUGCGAAACAGACUCUGCAGAGUUUUUUGAAUGGGAAGUUAUUGUAUUAAUAUUGGAUGGAGUCGUUAGUAAAUUAUCACUGACUCCAGACUCGGAAAUCGUUCAGAGAGGUUUAAAAUUAAUAGAAUUGUGUUUAAAAUUUGAUACAAGGGAUCCGUUGAUUUUAUCAUUUCUUCUUUCGUCUGUCUCAGCGUUGUUUAUGUUCUUAACUGCGACUUCUUGGCCGUCAGAGUAUUUGCAUGCAACUCUAAAUAAAAUGUAUGAAUAUUUAAUACUAGAAUGUCAUCCAGAAGAUCAACUUUAUUCUCCAAUUAAGAACUUAAGGUUUCAUUCAGCAUCUUUGUUUAUAAAACUUAGUAUUAAGUUUCCAAAUCUCUUAUUGCCAGUUUUUGAUAAGCUGUGCUCAUUAAGCGAUCAAUUGUACGUGAAGACUAAUAAAGCUGGGGAUCAUUUAAGCAUUUGUUUACGUUUGCAAGAAGCUCUGUUAGUACUCAAUAACCAUAUUCCAGAUUAUGAAAAACAGACUCGACUAAUUAAUCAUAUUUUGGAACCGUGUCAAUUGAUGUGGCAAAAAAUUCAAAGUAUAGUGUCCGGAGGACCUGAAGGACUAUUAGCGUAUUUGGGUCUUGAUAGGCCUCCAGUUGAUCUGGAAUCUGAUCCUUGUUUAGAAAACCGAAAUCAUCUGACUCACUGUGUUAGUGUGUUGACUUGUGUAAUGACUAGAAGUAAUACAAACUCUUUGAGUCUAUCUAAAGUACCAUUCAUUUCUCCUGUCACCGAACCUGUUUUGUUACUUCUUCCUAAUGUAUUUUUGUUAAUAAAGAAUUUAAAUUCACUUUGCUCGGAUAACGUGAAAAAAAACAUGUAUCCCAGUUAUACUGGUGUAUUGCAAUUAUUUCCCCAAGAAAAAGAAACACUGUUGGGCAAGAACACGGUUUCAGAAAAAAAUGACCCAUUCCAGUUGUUUAGAAAGAACAACAAACCUGAUCCGGUGUAUAAAGUGAAAAGUUCAAUUCUGACUGUUUAUGAGCAAUGUUUACUUGUUUUGGGACGAUCAUGUCAUCUACUCGGAGAACACUUUUACGCGUUACAAAAUUUUGCUCCUAGUUUUAUUGCUACUAUAAUGAGUGAUGCAGAAUCAUUACCUCAUGUUCGUAUUAGGACAAUCAUGAAGAGUUUUAUCAAACCUUUUCUAGUUAACUGUUCAAGUAAAUAUCACGAAACAGUCCUUAUUCCAAUACUAAAUUCAUUCUUAUCUCAUAUGUUAAUGCGUUUGAAUAUUACAUGGCAAAAUAUACCAGAACGUGAGGAAUAUUAUGAUGCCAAAGAAGGGGAUUCCGAGGAGUUACUAGAAGAUAUGAUCAUACGUUUAUUGACACGAGAGUAUAUAGACUUGAUAAGAUUGUGUUUAACUUGUUCUAACGAUACCAAAACCAGCCCUAAUGGUAGCGUUGAAGAUAUUCCUGUGAGUCAGCCUAGUAGUGAUCUAUCCGAAUUGGGGAUAAAACUAUUGAGAAAUGAGCAGUCUAGACGUUUAAUCGUUGAAAGUAUUCUCAAUGGUUUGUCGUGGAAUACUUCAAUUAGCCAGUAUUGGAAAUCUUGUCAAACUUUCCAGUGGGAUAACAGACCAAUAAUACCACCUUGGAGUGAUAGCCAAAGUAGUUUUAAAUCGACACCUUUGAUCCAGUUAAUUGUUAAGCAUUUAGCAACUGAUGACGAAACGUCUGCUAUUGCGAUUGCUCCCGAUUUAUUAAUAGCAGUUUUAGAAAGUCUCCAUUGGUACGGCCAUCACGAUUCUAAUGUUGGCCCACUAUUAGGCACAUGUUUAAUUGUGUAUGAGACUUUCCGUUGUAAAAAUGACCAGCUGUUAGGAGUAUUUAAGAAACUACCCGAAGUAAAUUUGGACACACUAGACAGAUUUGACAAAUGGGUGAUGAGCCAUGACACGGUAAACAAUAAAGUUAACAAAAGUAAACGUGAUAUGUUAAAAAAGAUAUUAGCCGGUUGCAUAGGCAAAGACGUGAGUCAAACUCACAAACGUAAAGCUGAACUCAGAGAUUUGCCAAAAAUUCAUAUCCCAAAAAUAUGCACAACAGAUUUGCUGGAAAAUGGUGAUGACUUGAACAUCAGUAAAUUACAAAAUUAAUUUGGUUAUUUAAUAAACUUGCAUCGUUUUUCAUUUUGUUGUUGAUAUUAUUGUUUUAUUUAUUCAUUUUUUUUUUUUUUUAACAUUUGUUCAAAACAUGAAUGUAGGCUACCCCAAUACUGUCGUAUAUUACCGAUAAGCCUAGCAUAAUUUUUUAUGUACAAUUAAAAUAUAAUUAUUACUUACGUUUUUUAAAUUAUUAAAAUGGUAUAUAUAAAUUGAAUAUUGCAUUUAAUAACACUGAAAUAUCCUAAUAUAAACUAUAUCUGAUAUUUAUUGAAAUAAAAAUAUGUGUUACUCAAUACAAAAUAUGACGUGAUAAAAUUAAAACCAAUAAAUAUUAAUAACUGGCCA